AACCGUUUAUAUAUUAGUAUAGGUGUGUUAAUAAAUCUAUAUAUGUAUAUAUACAGUCAUGUUUGUGUAACUAUAUAUAUACAUACCUACAUAGAGCUAGAUAGAAAUGUAUGAGUAUAUUUGUGAAACGAACUUAUAACUUAACGAUUUACUAUAUUUUACAACGCAUCACAAAACAAUGAAAGGAUGCCAUGGAUGAACACAACAAUGAUCCAUAUGAACAACAGCUUUACGCCGUAUUUCAAAGUUGUUUAACAAAAGGAGAAACUGAACUGCAGGAAGAUAACUGGCUUAGUUUGUGCCAUAAAUUACAUCUGACAGAGCAAAGUGACGAAUUAAGAUCAUGUAUCCAACAGCAAAAAAAAGAAAAGCAAUCUAUAUCAUUCCAAGAAUUUAGAACUGCUCUGUUAAUGUUAUUAGAUAAAAGUCAAGAAAAAGAUACCAUAACAGAAUCACAAUGCGAUUUAAGUUCAAAUGCUGUAGAUAAUAAAAGAGGCAAUUUAUUGCUACCUAAUAAUAUUAAAUCUAAUGUAGAUUUUUUAAGUAUAAGAACAGGUGUACCUGUAGAUGAAAAUAGAUUAAAAUGUUUAUGGGAGAAAGUAAACAUCUGUUUAAAAGAAAAUGUAGAUUCUGCCACAAUAUAUUUUAUAUGUAAUUGUUUAGGAAUCCCAGCUCUUCCAAAACAAAUUAUACAAUGUAUCUUUGAGAAGCUUGAUCAGAAUUGCGAUGGGUUAAUUAGUUUGGAAGAAUUUCUUGUUAUAUUUCAGAGUAGGACACCUGUGGAAGAACAGUUAACAUUAGAUAAGAACAACGAGACCGCGAAGGAAUUAACCAAGUUGGAUUUUAGGAAACGUAAUUUUGAUGUACAUACGUCUCGUAAAACUAGCUUCACAAGGAAUGCUUCUUUCCUGGAUACAUGGAAACUUUCUAAUAUUGCGAAUACAUCCUUGUUAACGGACGGAGGUCUUAAGUCGUCGGAAAUUUCGUUAGCCGAUUUGACAGCUACUUUGUGCGACGAACUAAAAAAUUUCAACGAUUCAUUGGAUCAUUCAGCAAUUCGAUCCCAUAUAAUGUUAUUGCGAGAUGUUCUUAUACUAUAUCAAGAAGAACUACAUAAAUUAAACCUUGUAAUAGAAAAUGUUAGUGGUGAGAAGGAAAAAUUACGUACCGAUAUUAUAGAAGCCAAUGAGCGAGCAAAUACUCUUGCUCAAGAAAUUGACGAACAGCAUGUUCGUCAGGAAGAGAUUGUACAAAAUUUACGAAAGCAACUUGAACAACGCCAUGCUGAAACUUUACAAGAACUUUCCAAUCAACUUAGUUCUGAACGGGAAAUGAAUGCUACUGCUUUGAAAUCGAAAGAUGAACAAAUACAAAUGUCACAGAAAGAAAAUCAUGAGAUUAGAAAUAAAUUUGUAAAUGCAUUACAGGAGAAUCAAGUUUUAGAAAGUGAAAAUGAGAAUCUUCGUGAUCAGAUUGAAAAACUUAAACAAUCAAAUACCGAGUUACUAACUCAAAUAAAGAUGUUGGCGGCAGAACAUGACGAGUCGCAAAACAUAGAAGUUAAACAUCAACAAGAAGUUAUAUAUUUAAUUGAUCGUAUUAAGCAUUUACAAUCCGAGGCUGUUCUCUUACGAGAUCAAAAUGAUGAACUUACAGCAGAAUUAGAAAGUUUAAAACAGUACGAUUGUCAUGCUAAAGAUAUAAGACAGAAUAAUUUGCUUGGCGCUCAUACAACAAGGAGCAGCAUACAGUCGGACAAGACUGAAAAUAGUAAAGAAGCAUUUGUAGUGGAUGAAGAUGAGUUAGAUGUAUUUUUAAAACAUUCCACUCCUACAUUUUGUAAUUCCAAUGAAGAAGAUAACAUGCAAAAUUGUAAAAAGAUAGACUUGAAAAACUUUAAAGAUAUUGUUAUAAAACAAUUAAAAAAUGUUUUAUUAAGUAAUAACAAGUGCACUUUAGAAAACUGUUCGCUUAAAAAUGAGAUAUCAGAAAUAAUUACAAGACUACAAUCGAAUGUAAAUUCUCAAGGUGGUAAAGAAAUAGAUUUUGUAAAAAGUAUUGCAUCAGAAAUGGAAACUGAAUGUGAAGAACGAACAACCGAAUCGUUAAGGGAUUUUGUUGUUUCCAAACAUAAACAUUCAAUUCCUGUGAAGCGAGCAAUAAUAUCCAACAAUAACGAUAAUAAUUACGAUAUCGAUAAUCUCAACAAUCGAGAUAUAAAAAGUUUAUCACAGAAUAAAGUUUCAAGCCUUAGAGAUUAUCCUCCGCGUAAAGAAGAGUGUACGAAUGUAGAUCAUUCAAAGUCUAAUAAAGAAAAAGACACUUUGCUUAUUCAGAGUACCAAAGUAUCAAACGAAAUCAGCAGCAAAAUUAAUUCAAGUUUAACAAAAAUGAAUGAAUCAUCCGAAGAUGUCGUUGCUUUCUUAAAUUUGAAAAUUCAAGAAUCGGAAGCAGCACAUGCAGCCGAAAUGAAACAAUUAACUGAGCAAUGUGCAGAACUAGAAAGAAACCUUGAUUUGUUGAAAAUAGAAUAUGAAGAAUGUGAAGACUUUUGGACCGGUAAAUUAGAAGAAGAAAGACAACUAUUUGAGCAGGAGCAAAAAAUUAGCGAUGAAAAGUUUUCAGAACUUAUUGCUAAAAUGGCAGAAUACGAAGAACUAAUUAGCCCUGUAGAUAAAGCGAAAAAUGGACGUUUGUCUCCGAUCGAGGAAAAGUUUAACUUAGAGCAACAAUAUUUAGAUCUCGAAGAGGAGUUUGAAAAAUGGAAAGGCCAGAUGGAAGAAGAAAUUACUCAAAAAGACAAAGAAAUAAAGAAUCUACAUGAAAAAUUAAAGUCUUUCGAACGACCGAUAAUGGUUGAUAUAUCUGUCCAAGUUACAGAUGAAUUUACUUUUUCAUCUUUAUUGGCACGAUCAAAUUAUGUUCCUAGUGAUUCAUUCAAUAUUCAAUCGUAUAAUGAAUUAUCUUCAAAAUUAGCUCAGUGUAAUGAUAACAUUCAUAAGUUGCCUGAUGAAUUUAAAUACAAUAGAAUUCUAGAAUCCUCAAAUUUGUCAAAUGACUUUAUUCCACGAUUAACGAAAGAGGAGGUGGAUGUUAGUAAUUGUGAUCCAUACGAAAUGCAUACACAAUAUUCUGUGAAAAGCAAAAGUGGUACAUGCAAAAUGGAAAAACCCGAAUUACAGUGGGAAUUAACAGAAGUUGAUGGGAAAUUGUACAAGGAAGAAAAUAUUCCUGAUACUGAAUAUGAUGUAAUACAGAAUACAUUAAAAUUACGAAAUCUGAAUGUAUCAAAUUGUCAAUGUAUGAGAAAUGAUGCCCAAAUGUGUUGCGUAAAUGUAAGUAUAUUGCGAAAUUUAAAUGCGAAACUUCAAACACAAGAACGUAAGAAACAUCAAUUACAAGAGUGCUUUAAACAACAACAGUAUCAUAUUGAACAUGUACUACAAUAUAUUAUAUCUCAACAUCAAGUAGAAGUAUCAGAGUUACAGUGUCUUCUUCGUAAUACUCAAGAAAGGCUUCAAAUAGAAUUUCAAACGAGCGCAGAACAGGCUGAACAAUUAGCACGGACUGACAUAUUAGUUAAAGAUUUAUAUAUAGAAAAUGCAUGUUUAACAGCUAAUUUAAAACGUUUACAGCAGCAUUAUCACAUACUAACAGGAUUGAAUGCUGAGUCUACUUCAAUAUGAUAUUGCAAUGAAGACAGCUUGAUCAAUAAAAUAAUGGUAAUGUUACUACUAAUAUUUUACUAUUAGUAUCUUCAAGGUAGAUAUUAUUCUACCUAAAUUGUUAAAUAUUACUUCUUUUCAAUUCCAAUAGAGUUGAAAAGAAGUAAACAAACAAAAUGGAUAUUUUGUAUUAUUAAUGUUAAGUUAUAGAUAUCCAUAUAUAUAUAAUCCUUCAACACUCUUGCAUAAAUAUAAUGGACAUCAAAAGAAAUAAACGAAUGUUUUUUGAGUUUUGCUUUGCACAUACAUACAACAAUUAUUUAAUUACAAUGAAGUGAAAUUUAAUACAAUCUAUGAUAAUGUUGUGUAUAAUGUAUGGAACAGGGAAUGUCGUAUGUUGCCUUUUUUUUUUGAAGUUUGCGUUCAAAGCAAGCAAUAUGUAUAUAUGGCUAGGUUUUUGAAUUUUUCUAAAUUGAAUUUAAAAAGUUAGCGUGUUUAAUAUUGAAACACUGAAUGAUUAAAAUUAGUUUUAUAAAUUACACUUAUAAAUGUAUGAUCCCAACGAACUUACAAUCUUAGGUAUAUAAUUUAUGAAAAGAAAAGCUAGAGAAGAAAACAGUCCAAUGAUAAUUUUAAUGAGAAAAUAUCCAAGUCGAUCAGUACAAAAAUGACUAUUAUUCUUUAGAUGUUAUCUUUUAAGUUAUCACAUAUAAACAGAUAUCUCACAAGUACAUAUUUGCUUAGAAUCUUUAGUAUAAAUGCCAAAGAGGGAAUUUCAAUAAAAAAUUUACAUUAAAUUUUGAAGAGAAUAAAAAUGAAAUUUUGUUUACUGUGAGACUGAAUGCAUUAAAAUAUUUAUUUUAUUUGCGUCAAUUUUAAUAACUAAUUAAUAACUAGGAUUGAGAAAUUUAAAUAUGAAAUUCAUAGUCUUAUCGAGUAUAGGAAAAAUUGAGGGUAUUAUGAAUUUUUAGUUUACAAUUACCAUUAAUUGCUUAAUAAUAAUUGCAUAAAUAUUACACAUAAUAACGAUUAUGCAUUAAUAUUGAACCAAAUACGAUUAAGGGUAUUGUAUAAUACACGAUAACACGUAGUUAUAUUUAACAAUUGUUGAUAAUGAUAAUACAUAGCGUAUGUAUAUACAUAUUAUCUGAAUUUACUCACUUUGUAUAAUAAUUAAUAUAAUUCAGAAUUGUCUAAUUUCAAUUGUACCGCUGCCAUAUAAAGUAUUUUGUACAUGAUAUUUGUAUAAAUAUUUGUACAUUAAUAUAUUGCAGCAAAUUAAGUUUUUCCAUAUUUGCCUUAAUGAAAAUUUUAAUGCAUCCUGUUCAACUACAUCUUUUUAUAUGUCAAAGCUUCCUUUGUUAUCGCUAUUAAAUCAUCUUGUACUUGAAUCUUAUGAUUUAUCAUAAUGGAAUUGUUAAACGGCAAUAAUACUAAUAAUAGUAUAUUUAAAUGAUACAAUUUGAUGCAAUAAUUAAAAAUAUAAGAAGUUGCUAUGCCUCAUUUUGUUGUUAUAAAAAAUGUAACAAGGAAAAAACUUGAUGUCAAAGAUGUAUUUCAUUUUCUGUUAAUAAUAAAUAAUUUUGAUUGAGUUAAUUGACGCGCGAAAAUGUCUUUACCUAUACAAUAUACAAUGAUUCAUCGUAUGGAUUUUUCUAUUUCUAUAAUUAGUUUAAAAAUUAAAAUCAAAUGAAAUAUUCAUUGAAUAUAAAUAUAAAAUUAUGUCUACGUACCUUUUUUUUUUUUCUAUUGAUGUUCGUCAUUUCGUAGAGAAAUGAAUGAACCGCGAAUACGUGAACACGAAAGAUAUCAUUUAUUUAUAAUUUAUGAGGACAAACAAGUAAAUGUACAUAGGAAGGACACUUUCAGUAAAACACAUUUGCUAAAUCAUUAUCAUGCUUAACAUAAUAAUAAAAAAAAAAAAAAUAGGAAACUAAUCGAAAUCUAAUCACCAGCCUUGCUGAUAUAGUCUUUCUCCAAACGGCGUUAUAUUUGACAUGCCAUAAAAACAAUCUAAUUAGAAUUAUGAAAUGUUUUGAAGCAAAAAGCAUGAUAAUUAUAUGCACCUUUUUUUGUUUGCUAAUGACACUAACACUAAUCUUUCGUCGCUUCGUAGCGAAAAAUAAAGGACUUGAUGUGAUUCUUCGAAUGGACACUAAACAUUCCUACCUUCUUAUCUCUGUUUAUCUCUCGCUCUUUCGUUCGUUCUUCCGUUCACUCUUUCUCUCUCUCUCUCUCUCCCUCUCUUUUAUUUAGUUGAACGCUUUUCUUUGUCACUUUCAAUUCCUCUAUACAUAAUCUAUAAUAGCGUCAUAGUAAACUAGUAAGGUACAAACAGGAGUUUUAUACACGGUUUCACGAGAGAGUACAUUAAGCUCAGGUCUUAUUUCUACUUUUACGAAAACGUGGUCCUGUGUGUGUCCAAUUUUGCGUGGCAAGUUUCAAUUUGAAACUUCGACUUCGAUUUCGAUUUCGACUUCGACUUUGACGUUCGCCGUUCGCUGCAGUGUGAUAUUGGCGAUUAUCGUAUCACGCGGAUCCAUAUUAAUAUUGAUAUUAUUUAUAAAUAAUAUUAAUAUUAUUUUUAUUUAUUUUAUCUGGCGAAUAUUCACAGGUUUGAAUCCGCAGCAAACACGUUAACUCUUUCUGUCGUAUCGUUAGAAAGAUAACCUGAAAAUCGACGGAAAUUGGCGCGAAGUUUAUAGAUGCAAUUUUAGACACGCACGUUAGACAAACUUUGUAAAGUUUGUUUAAAGAUGUUGAUUGCAAAAGAAAGGAGCAAAAUAAAAACUUGAAAUAGAAUAUUUUAAACCUAUAUAGAAACUUUGAUGAUAGAAGUCGGCCUGAUAGCUACAAUUUCUUCAACUAUUGAUAACGAUUGCUCGCCUUAGAGACAUACACGAUUAUACACGUUUAUAUUGUAUAAUACGUGUUUGUAUUAUAUCUGUAUUUACGUUGUCCAUUCGAUUCAUUUCGCGAGAAUGGUCGACGUUCUUUUGCUUUGGGAAUCUAACUUAAACUAAUAUCGGUAUAUAAUUCGUAACAUCGAAAUUAAUAUUUUAUUUAUUGAGCAAGGGUCUAAAACAUUCUUUCGUCUCUUCAACUAGCGAAACUAAGGCUAUGACAUCCAUAUAAACGAUUAUCGAUGCAACGCUGCUUCGAAGAUCCACUAGGAAAGCAACCUUUCACGAAAGUAUCCAGGAAAAUUAAAAAGAAAAAAAAAAACAAA